UGUACAUUUGUUGAUCGAUAAACAAUUUACAGAAGCCACCCUCUCAACAGAGGCAAAGGGCAAAAACCAUCGAUGAUGUUUCUCUGAGUCUGAGGAUUCACGCGUUACUGUUACUGUUACUCAACUCUUAUUCCCUUCCUUGAUUCCAAUUCUCCGCACUUCAUUUCAUUUGAAUUCUGAAAAAUUAGGAUUAGGGUUUUCUUUCUUUCAGUGAAAAAAGAAGAAGAAGAAAAAAGUGGUUUUGGAGAAAUGGUUGAGCAAUCGGUGCUGGUGCUCGAAAAGCAAGGGCCAAAUCCAGUGUUAUCAGAAGGAAUCCACGAUUGGGUGUUUGAGUGCCAUGGGCUUUUGCACAAUGCGGUUUUGAUCAUCGCUUCUUUUCUUUUCGUCUUGUACUUAGCACUGCAAGCUAAAAAGAGCUUCCUCAGACUCUCCCAUGGCCGCUCUUAUAUCAUUAUAUCCUAUUACGCUUCCCUCUGGCUUGUCAGCAUCCUUAAUCUUCUUUGGUGCUUUUCCCAGGCAUGGGAGUGCUCUCCUGGGAAAGAGUUCGCAUGGAACUUGUUAUCCCUCUUUACUACUUCUGGAAUGCUGUUUCUAGAAGUGAGCUUGCUUGCUUUUUUACUUCAAGGAAAUAGUACCAGUGGCUUAGAAGCGUUGACACGAACUUUUGGUAUAUCAGGGAUUAUUGUUGGUUUUGAUAUCUUGUUGAAGGCAAUAUAUCUGUUUGCAUUUGGGAUUCCAAUUUUCAUCAACAGUGGUUACCCUACUCCUCACGUGAAGUGGAACUUGUGGGUUAUCCACAAGCUGCUGCUUACCCUUGUUUAUGGUUUCAUACUGUUCAUGUAUCAUUCUAGGUGGAGAGAAAGGUUACCUGCAAGGCCUGCUUACUAUAAGUAUGUUACCAUUAUGUUCAUCUUGAAUGCAAUUGCGCUGUUUGCUUGUGGCAUUACUGGAAACGGCGCUGCUUUUGGUUUCUGGUUAUAUCAUUUCACGGUUGUAUGUUACCAUGCUGCCUAUCUUCCCCUGCUGUAUAUAACCUUCCUGGCUGACUUUUUUCAGGAGGAAGAUUUGCAUUUGGAGAAUGUGUACUACUCUGAAAUGAAAGAUGCUGGUUUCUUUGAAGCAGAUUGGAACUGAUGUGGUAUCGACUGCUAGAUUAAGAUUAAUAAGGCCUCAAAGGUACUAAUGGAAGGGCAUUCGUUCACGAAAUUUGUAAAUAAAGUAAAUAUUUUAGUAGAUCGCCUUAGUAGAUAAAUUUUUAAAAAGAAAAGCUGGUAGCCUCAUGUUAGUGUUAUAUUAGAAUGUUCUAUGCGUGAUUAUAUUGAAUUUAAGUUGUCUGUUAGUGCAAUGAAUCAAUUUCUUAAGAAAGAUGAGUACUAGAACAAUCAAUUACCUUUUAAGCAUUUAACGUGUGUAGAAAAAUAUGAUUUUUAUGCAAA